AUGUCCGAUUCAUGGGUCGAACCAGCGAGCUCUCUACAGCCAUCCAUCGUGAAGUGCUCAGCCCUUGACAACCUCACUGCCUCAGUGUAUCCUUCACCUACACACUUCUUUCCUCUACGACCGGGAACAGACCCUCGGCAGCUCUACGACGACUGCAAACAAGGCCUCUCUCGAUGUAUCUACGAGCAUCCGCACCUCGCAGGCAUUAUCAGAAAGGACGAAACUGGACGUUACGCCAUUGAGAUUCGAGAUGCACCGCAUGCUGGCACAAACUUCUGGUAUCGAGAUCAUCGCCGGGAUUCAGAUGUACCUUCUUACAACGAGCUCAAGAUUAAUGGGUGGCCCUUUGGCGAUGGCGAAGAAGAUGGUCUUGGCAAGCUCCGACCAGAGGACUUUCCCUGCGUCCACGAUGGCGACCCUGUAAUCGCACCUCAGUUCAAUGUCUUGAAGGGCGGUAUUGUCUUGACCAUGUCGAUUACGCACGUGAUAGGUGACCUGGUCCAGUUUAUGGACUUUCUCAGGUCUUGGUCACAGAAUACGAGUGCGAUAGCAACUGCCAGACUCAAUGGUCAACCUGUACCUCCACUCCCGCAGCAAAUAUCGGCGGCUCUGAUAGAUCGCUCCCUCUUGACACCUGACGUGGAUCUAGAGGAGGAUCUUGACAAGCUCGCAGCCUGUGCGAGGAAGCUUCACCACCUCGACAUGCUUGACCCUCGAUCUCCAGAACAAGUUGCGGACAAAGUGUCAAACCUCUUCACAAAGGCACGUCUGACAAAUGACGAUCUAUCUUCAAUAAAGCAGCUUCAGCGCAUGAUCCAAGAGGUCUUGCCCAACGGCUCAAAAGUGUCGUCCACAGAUUGCUUGACCUCUUUCGCAUGGAACCGACUAUUUGGCGCCAAAUAUGCUCCCGGAUUAUCAGGCCGUGAUCCUCUACCCGAAACUAGCAAGAUUGUCUUUGCUGGGAGCAUUCGUCGCCGGUUGACGCCUCCUCUACCCAACAACUACAUGCCUGCCUGCGUGGAUUUGUUCCCAGUGUCUGUGAGCACCAGAGACUUCAUCUCACCUGACCCCAAAACUCUGGCUCAUGCAGCAAUGGCAAUUCGCCACAGCAAUAAUGCUUGGAGCGAGGAAACCUUUCGAGAGAUGCUCGAGAUAGCCCAUUCACAUCCUGUCAACCCGGGCCUGAUACCUAAAGGACCCAUCGAUGCACUUGUGACGGACCAUACACGAGCAAGUGCAGCUAUGCUGUCAAGUUGGGGCCCCGAGCUUGGUUCUUGUGAGGCCUUUAGAGAGCCGUAUCUUGGUAGAAUCCCUCCUCAUGGGGAGAUCACUCUCUUACCCCGAUGGAAUAAUGGCAAUGUGGAUGUAAUGUUUGCUGGAGAGGCUAUUGUGAUGGAGCGGUUGAGAAGAGAUCGGCUUAUGAGUCAGAUGGCCACUUGUCAGUUUGUCAUGGGUGAUCCUAGGUUUCAGGCGACUCGUGGGAAAUAUGUCUCAAAGCUAUAG